AUGCGCGUGUUGCAAGAUGUUUUGGCUCGUCUUCUCUAUAGACGAGGGUCGGUCUCUCUGGAUUGGGUAACGGAAAGUAACGUCCCUGGCGCCAGAGCAGUUUCGCACGAAGAGUUCCAGGCAAGGCCGCUGCUCAUUUGGUACGAUCAUUUUUCUGUGCCGCAGGCUGCAAGCUGCUCCAACGAACAGUCCGAGGCCAUAAGCAGCAUACCUGCCUAUGUGGCGAAGUGUCGCUUCUUCUUCGCCCUCUGCUCAACCAUUGCCUGCGCUGUUUAUGGAAAGGUUCUGAGCGCUGCGAGCUGGAACACACGGGGAUGGUGCAGGUUGGAACGGGCCGCAAGAGAACUCUCUGCCCACGAUUCCUGGAUUCUGGUACGAAGCUCGACUUCUGUGCAGGUGGUCGGCACAGCUGUGUCAUCUGUGUGCGGAUCAGUUGGCGAGGGCGCGUUCACAGUAGCGGGGGACCGCCAGAAACUUGCGCCAGUCAUGAAGAGUAUUUUGGCAAAGAAGUUGCAGCUGUCCCUCAAGGCAGGAGAUUUGCCUGCUUACAGACGACAUUUUUGCUUGCAGACAGUUCACAUGCGCGGCCUGGAGAUUGAGCCAGUUCCCGGCCUCAUACCUGACAAUGAAACUACCCCUCCUGAGGACGAUCCCGCAAGCAUUUUUCUGUACCAGACUGGCCUUGAAGAUGUCAAGAAGAAGGAUGCUGCAGGAUUUUGGCCUCUGCACUACGCGGCCUUGUCAGGAAACCGGCGAGUCGUUGAGGGCCUGCUUGCCCAACAUGCUGAUCCCAACCGCAGAACCGCGAAACAAGAGCCAAAACUGGGCUUUCCACCUUGGAUGUCGGUGUUGGACCUGGCCAUCUUCUACAAGCACAAUGAUGUGGCCCGGUUGCUGAUCUCCGCCCGCGCCCACCUGGAGGGGGGAGUCUUUCCCAGUAUGCAGUGGGCGGCAUUUUCCAACAACGCGGAAGGCCUCAGCCUGCUCCAGGCCGCUGGCGGCAACCCUCGGGCGCAAAAUAUUUUUGGAGCUUCACCCUUUGAAACUGCAGCUGUUUAUGGGGGCCGGGAGGCUCUUGAGGAGUUGCUGCCGCAGGCUCAGCAUAGCCCGCUUGAGCUUGGAAGAGCGCUCCAUGGUGCCAUGGGCGGUUUCACGGCUUCCGCAGAGUUGGUAAAGCGGCUGAUCAGCCUCCGGGCGGAGGUAAACUUCCAGCGGGAUGUCUGCCGCGACAAUUCCAGCUUCUGUUGGUGGUUUGUUGCAGCGCAGUCACUAAAGCACCGGGUUGGCCGGACAUCAUCCGCUCUCACGUCAAUUAUGUACCAUUUUCAUGGCCAAACGCCCCUUGCGGCAGCCCUGCAGGCUGCCCAGCACGAGGGUGCCGCGGCCUUGAUCGCUGCCGGUGCGCGGCUGGAUCUCCGCAACGGUCGGAACUGGACGGUGGCCGACUUUGCCAGGGAACAGGACAUCCCAUCUUUCCUGCGCCAGGGCCUGGAGGGGGAUCCCACGGAAUGCCGGAGGGUAGCCGCGCUAGCGCUUCCCGACGGCUAUGUAGAGGUUCUAUUUUGA